AUGACUAAAGGUCUGUCUGCUUCAAACUUGACUAGUACGUCAAAUGUAAAUACAUCAAAUAAACAAGAUUUUAUUCGUCAAUUAUGGUCAACAACAGAUUGUGUUUGUUUUGAUGUUGAUUCAACAGUAUGUGUCGAAGAAGCUAUUGAUGAAUUAGCAAAAUUUCAACAAGUUGGUGCUUUAGUUGAAGCUAUAACAAGAAAUGCUAUGGGUGGUAAUAUGAGUUUUCGUAAAGCAUUACAAGCACGUCUUAAUCUUAUACAACCAACAUGUCAACGUUUAGAACAAUUUCUUAUAAAUCAUCCACCACAAUUAACAGAUGGUAUUGCUGAACUUAUUAAUUUAUUACAUGAACAAAAAAUUCCUGUCUAUUUAAUCACCGGUGGUUUUCAUUCUAUAGUUGAUCCUGUUGCUAAAAACUUAAAUAUUCCAUUAAAAAAUGUUUUUGCUAAUCAAUUAUUAUUUAAUGAUGAUGGAACAUAUGUUGGUUUUGAUGAAGAUGAAAUGACAUCUGAUUCGGGUGGUAAAGGACGUGUUGUUGAAUAUCUUAAAAAUCAAUAUGGUUAUCAACGUUUAAUUAUGAUUGGUGAUGGUGCUACUGAUAUGGAAGCAGAUGCUGAUGGUUUUAUUGGUUUUGGUGGAAAUAUUAUACGAGAAAAAGUACGUGAUGGUGCACCAUGGUUUGUUAAUUCAUUUUAUACACUUAUUGACGAACUUCAAAGUGAUGCUAGAACAUCUGUUUCACAUCAUCAAACAUUGCCUACAAAAAAAUAUCCAACAACAAUAAAAGCGAAUUAA